GGCCGUUGGGACGUAAACACUGAGCGUUCCUCCACUACUACUCCAACUUUCUCUACGUGACGUUGAGGACCGCGGCUGAACCAUGGCAGAGACGGCUCCAGCUCCCGCGGCCGCAGCGCCGGCCAAGGCGCCCAAGAAGAAGUCCGCGUCCAAGCCCAAGAAAGCCGGACCGAGCGUGUCGGACCUGAUCGUGAAAGCGGUGGCGGCCUCCAGUGAGCGGAAAGGAGUUUCCCUGGCCGCACUGAAGAAGGCUCUGGCCGGCGGCGGCUACGACGUGGAGAAGAACAACGCCCGCGUCAAGCUGGCCUUGAAGUCGCUGGUGAAGAAGGGCGCCCUGGUCCAGACCAAAGGCACCGGCGCCUCGGGCUCUUUCAAGGUGAGCAAGAAACCCGCAGCCAAAAAGCCCGUCAAGAAACCCGUGGCUAAGCCCAAGAAGCCAGUCGCCAAGAAGGCUCCAGCCAAAGCGGCCAAGCCUAAGAAAGCCGCCCCGGCCAAGGCAGCCAAGCCCAAGAAGGCACCGAAGAAGGUGAAGAAGCCCGCGGCCAAGAAACCUGCCGCCAAGAGCCCGAAGAAGGUGAAGAAGCCCGCGGCUAAGAAAGUGGCCAAAAGUCCCAAGAAGGUCAAAGCGGUGAAGACUAAAGCGGCCAAGCCCAAAGCAGCCAAGGCGAAGAAAGCUGCGAAGAAGAAGUAGAAAACUACUUUUUCCCCCCAAUGAAACGACAUGUUUUCACAAAAAGUGCGGAGGACGAUACCAUGCUGAAUGAAAGGGGUGUGUAUGGACUAACUCUACAGAAGAGGGGGCGAUGGGUGGACUCCUUGCCCCCCCGGCUUACAUAGACUUUGGUUGCGUCCGGACUAUCACCAGCGAGAUUUCACUGAAGCUAAAGUUAGCUCCCUAUUCCAACUCCGCGGUCCGCCUUAACUGCUGCAGCACUUCCGUCCAUUCAUUCAGUCAGAAUGGAAUGUAAAUGCAGCACCAGUUAAGGUGGACCGGAGAAUCGCAACCGGCCUCUUUUUUUCCGAGUUUUCUAGGCAGCAUAAGUGGCGAUUGAAACAUAAUUUUUUUUAUUUGUAAACCUUUAUUUUUGUGAGAUUCUGAGAA